AUGAUAAUUCCUAUUUUAUUAAUCGUAAAUUUGAUUACAUCAUCCACUGCUUACACCUACGUUGCAGAAACUCCUUGUACAGGAUUAAUAAGCGCUGAUUGCACUUCAAGUGUAAUUUCUGGAAUUGGAUAUUGUUAUUGGGAAACCACUUGCUAAACCCUUCCAUGCUAUAUGAUUGAUGAAGUUGCAGCUUGUAGAACAGGCUCUGGAUUACCUACUGGAGGUGCAUCCACUCUUUGCGAUUCCCUGGAAACAUUCAGUUUAUAAUAUGAUAAUGUUUGUUGUGACAAAUCUGAAGGCAAACUAAAUUAUGCUUUUGUAAGAUUUACCAAAACCACCGAUGGCUAUUAUGAUAAAGCAAGUGAUGGCACAACAACAUUAACAUCUCUGACCACAUAAAAUUCAGCAACCAUUUUCUAAUUGUACACAGUAAACCCUUGGAAAAUCAUGCCGUCGUUUACGAGUUUGCCUACUGCUGCCAAUUUUGAAUCAUAUUUAGGAGCCAUCUUAACUUAGUAUAAAACUCUGGCAACUGCAUUACAAACUAUGCCAGAUUCGCACCCUUUCUAUUUAGAACGAACUGUUUACUAAUCAUUACAAAUGCUGAGAGAUUUCAUUGUUUUACAAACCACUCCAUAAAAUACAAUGAGAGAUAACUUAAUCCAAAAAAUAUGGUCAGUUACCCUCAUUGCUUUAUUUAGAAUGGUCAACUUUUAACCUAAUUAUUAUUAAACAAAUUACUACAUCAUCAACUUUGCCAUCAUUCCUUACUCAAGAAACUCAAUCACUAUUAAUGGACAACAACACACAACCAAAAUCGAUUGGUCAGGAUAUGCUUAUUCUUAAAAUGGAUUUGUAAUGGUGUAUUCAUUUCCUCCUGAAAUGUUUGGAAUUAGAAAUGCAUACUCAGAUGUCAUCUGUAUAAGACCAAUCAUUGGAAGCCCCCCAGCCCUAGUUUAUAAUGUAGGUGAAAAUACUUUUGAUACUUCUUUCAAACCAUUAAUUAUCACAUGGACUUGGACUGACCCAUUAUUAACCGUUGUUGCUGCCAAUCUUAAACUAUUCAAGUUUCCUUUUAAUAAUGUUCAAGAAUCAGGAAUCACUUAAGAAACUGGAGUCACCUUUACUUGCAAUAUGGUUGCUAAAUAGUGUACCUCAAGUAGUAUCACUGUAACACCUCUUAAUACAGGAAUUAAUUAUUAUAUAACUACGGGAUUAGGAGUUACUGCAGACAAAAAUAAAGUUUAAUGUAGAUUGUAAGGAAAAGCAUGGUCAGGUUCAAUUUGUUCUUGA